UCGGUGACGCCACUUCCUACCGGUGGAGAGGUCACGUGAGGCCGCGCCUGCGCAGCGCGCCCGAGCGCGAUGGUGGCGGAGCUGUGGUGGGUGCUGGGCUGGCGCUGGCGCUGGCGGCUGAGCCGGGCCGGAAGGUGCAGAUCGGGGUGAGGCGGCGGCCGGAGGCCUGCGGGGUCCGGUCGGCGCGGGGACCUGCUCCACAUGCACUACACGGGCCAUCUGGAGGACGGUUCCCAGUUCGACAGCAGCCGGAGCCGGGAUCAGCUCGUGUUCUCACUGGGCACUGGGCAGGUCAUCAAGGGCUGGGACCAGGGACUAUUGGGGAUGUGUGAAGGGGAGAAGCGGAAACUGGUGAUUCCUCCGGAGCUGGGCUACGGGGACCGCGGGCCCCCAAAAAUCCCAGGGGGGGCUGUGCUCAUCUUCGAGGUGGAGCUGCUGAAGAUCGAGCGGCGGCCGGAGCUUUAGGGGGGUCCCAAAACCGGGGGGGCCCAAAUCACCUGGGGGGGUCCCUCACUUUAGGGGACCCCCCCAAAAUCAGGAGCUCCCCCCCCUUUUGUGUGUGGAGCUGGGGGGGGUCCCCCAAAUUGGGGGGUCAAUAAAGAGCUGGUUGGAGCCUC